GUUUCAAAUUUCAGCUGUUUUCAAACAUCAGAAAGUGGCGGUAGGAUAUUUAUUUUUGUAUACCAGUUUGAAAAUAUUAAUAAUCCAACAAAAAUACGGUAUAAAACGAGGGUGAAUAACAUUUUAAUAUUAAAAGAUGUACAUUAAACAGGUGAUCAUACAAGGUUUUAAAAGCUACAGAGAUCAAACUGUUGUGGAACCUUUUGAUAAACGCCACAAUGUAGUUGUUGGCCGUAAUGGAUCCGGAAAAAGUAACUUCUUUUAUGCUAUUCAGUUUGUGUUAAGUGAUGAAUAUUCACAUCUGAAGCCUGAACAACGCCAGUCUCUAUUACAUGAAGGAACUGGGCCGAGAAUUGUGACUGCUUAUGUUGAAAUAAUUUUUGACAAUUCUGAUGCUAGAGUUCCAAUUGAACAUGAGGAAAUAUAUCUUCGUCGGGUGAUUGGUGCUAAAAAAGACCAGUAUUUCUUAAACAAAAAAGUUGUGCCAAGAAGUGAAGUGAUGAAUCUUUUAGAAUCUGCAGGUUUUUCAAGUUCUAAUCCGUACUACAUUGUGAAACAAGGAAAGAUUUUACAAAUGGCUACAGCACCUGAUACCCAUCGUUUAAAAUUAUUACGUGAAGUAGCUGGUACUAGAGUUUAUGAUGAACGUAAAGCUGAAUCUGUUGCAAUUUUGAAAGAGACAGAAAGCAAGAUAGAAAAGAUCCACGAAUUCUUAACCACAAUUGAGGAGAGAUUGUCUACGUUGGAAGAAGAAAAGGAAGAAUUGAAACAGUAUCAGCAUUUUGAUAAAAUUAGACGAGCUUUGGAAUAUAUUAUUCAUGAGGUUGAACUGAAUGAAAAUAAAAAGAAAUUAGCCGAGUUGGAAAAACAAAGAGACGAAUCUGGUUCCGAACAAAAAAUUCUAGCUCAGGAACUGAAGAAAGCUCAAGAUAACACUAAAAUGUUAGCCAAAAAAAGCAAAGAUUUAAACAAGGAACUACUUUCAAUAAAAGAUGAAAAGAAAAUUUUAAGCAAUGACCACCAGCAUUUGAUUAAAGAACGAGCUAAAUUGGAACUAACUAUUAAAGAUUUGUCAGAUGAUGUACAAGGCGAUAACAAGUCGAAAGAAAGAGCAGAAAAUGAGCUGGCACGUCUAACACAAACGAUUAAAGAAAAGGAGGCUGAAUUGGACAAAAUUAAGCCAUUAUACGAAGAAAUGAAAGCAAGAGAAGAGGAAUGUACAAGAGAACUGGCACUGAAGGAGCAAAAGAGGAAGGAGCUGUAUGCAAAGCAGGGCAGAGGAAGUCAGUUUACCUCAAAAGAAGACCGCGACAAAUGGAUCCAAACUGAAUUGAAAUCGUUAAGUAAACAACUAAAAGAUAAAAAGGACCACAGAGACAAGCUAGAGGCGGAUUUGAAAAGAGAUGCACUAAAGGCAAUUGAUUUACAGAAAAAAAUUGAAGAACAAUCACUAGAACUAGAACGGCAAAAGAACUACAUUGAUGAGUAUAAUAAACAAUGCUAUGACCUAAAGAAAAGCAAGGAUCAGUUUCAAACAACCAGGAAGGAAUUAUGGAGAAAAGAAAAUCAUGUUCAAGCAAAUUUGACAUCGCUUAAAGAAGAUUUAGCUAAGGCUGACCAACAAUUAAGAUCGAUGGUGGGCAAGCCAAUAUUGAAUGGUCGCGAUAGUGUUCGCAAAGUAUUAAACACUUUUAUAGCUCGGGGAGGUAAAGAAGCAGAUAUAGCGAAAUGUUAUUAUGGUCCGGUAAUAGAAAACUUUGAAUGCGAGAAGAGCAUCUAUAUAGCUGUAGAAGUAACCGCCGGAAAUAGGUUAUUCCAUCACGUUAUCGACAAUGACAAAGUGGGAACGAUGAUUCUUAAAGAAAUGAAUAGGCAGACGUUGCCGGGCGAAGUUACUUUUAUGCCCUUGAAUAGGUUGAACGUGAGAGAACAAAAUUAUCCAAAUGACGCGGACGCCAUUGCAAUGGUUUCUAAGCUAGACUAUGACCCAAAAUAUGACAAGGCAAUGAGAUAUUUAUUCGGAAAAACAUUGAUAUGUCGACACUUGGAUGCCGCUACUAAAUUAGCACGAAUUACUGGUUUGGAUUGUGUAACUUUGGAUGGUGACCAAGUUUCUUCUAAAGGAUCUCUAACCGGCGGAUAUUUUAAUACAUCCAGGUCACGUCUGGAAAUGCAAAAGAACAGAACAGAAACGAUCGCACAAAUUCAACAGUGUGAAGAGGAGCUGAAAAAAUUGAAAAGUGAAUUGACUGAGACUGAGGCUUCUAUCAACACUAUUGUAUCGGAUAUGCAGAAAAUUGAAACUAAAAAUAGCAAAGCAAAGGGCAUAUUUGAUAAAGUAAAAGGUGAACUUAGACUAAUGAAGGAAGAACUCGCAAACAUAGAAAAAUUUAGAGGUCCCAAAGAACGUUCCUUAGCGCAAUGCAAAUCAAACUUGGAAGCCAUGCAAACGACAAAAGAAGGUUUGGAGUCCGAACUUCAUCAAGAAUUACUCUCGUCUUUAUCCGUUGCCGAUCAGCAACAUGUUGAUACCCUAAAUGAUGAUAUACAUAGGCUGCAACGCGAAAAUAAGGAUGCUUUCAGUACUAGAAUGAAAUUGGAAGCAGAAAAGAAUAAGCUGGAUAAUUUGUUAACCAACAAUUUAAUUCGCAGAAGAGAUGAGCUUUUACAUGCCCUUCAGGAAAUAUCACUAGAAGAUCGCAAGCGACAGCUUACGAAUUGUAAAUCAGAACUAGAGGAAAUCGACAAAAAGAUCGAGAAAGUUAAUUUGGAAUUGAGUUCUAUGGAAAUCAAGUACAAAGACAUGACAAAAAAGCUAAAACGUGAGCAAGCCGAAUUUGAAAGUUGGAGAGCUAAGGAAAAAGAAGCACAAGACAAAAUAGAUGAAGAUGCUAAACAUUUAGAAAAAUUUGCUUCAAAGCAAAAUUUGUUAGAGGCAAAAAUCCAGGAGAGUGUAGAGAAGAUUAAUCAACUGGGUGCUUUGCCUACGCAAGAUCUGUAUGGACAAUUCGUUAAAAUGUCGUCCAGAGCUCUUUUUAAAGAACUGGAAAAGACAAAUAAUCAAUUAAAGAAAUUCAGUCACGUCAAUAAGAAAGCUCUGGAUCAGUUUAUGAGUUUCUCGGACCAGAGGGAAAAACUUCAAAAGAGAAUGGAAGAAUUAGAACGAGGGGGUAGUCGUAUCCAAGAUCUUAUAGAAGUUUUAGAAACAAGAAAGGUUGAAGCCAUUCAGUUUACCUUUAAACAAGUAUCGAAGUACUUUACUGAAGUGUUUAAAAAGUUAGUGCCUGCUGGCAAAGCCAAAUUGGUACUAAGAACAGCGGAUAGCGAUGAAGGACGAGAUAUAACGCCUGAAGAUACAAAUGCGGAUAUUUUUCAAGGUAUUGGAGUGCGUAUAUCAUUUACCGACGCCGAUGUGGAAAUGAAAGAGAUGAAUCAGCUCUCUGGCGGUCAGAAGUCUCUAGUCGCCUUGGCUCUCAUUUUCGCCAUUCAAAAAUGCGAUCCCGCUCCCUUCUAUUUAUUUGACGAAAUCGAUCAGGCCUUAGACGCUCAGCACCGUAAGGCGGUGGCCAACAUGAUCCACGAGCUGUCCGGUGACGCGCAGUUCAUCACCACCACGUUCAGGCCCGAACUAUUAGACCACGCGCACAAAUUCUACGGCGUCAAGUUCAGAAAUAAGGUCAGUCACGUCGAGUGCGUCACUCGAGACAUAGCUCGGGAUUUCGUGGAAGACGAUCAGACCCACGGUUAGAAUGUUGUUUUCUUUUUGUAGUCUGUCCAACAAGAGGAUACGUUAUAGUGACAGUUUUAGUCAUUUUUUGGAUGUCGUCUGUCGGAAUCUUCCACGACUCGUUGGACAGACUAUGCUAUACAUUAUAACUACAAUUGUACAUAUUUUUUGUUUUAGUUCAUUGUUUUAUUUAUUAUAACCCGUUUUACAAUUGGCAGUUUUACUUGCCUGCAAGAAAAAUUGCAGCUUUUCCUAUAAAGGUCUGUGCACGUUAUCAUACACGUAUCGUUUCCAGCACGUAGCGUUUACGGUUCUAUUAGACAGUCCGGUAGUGACACUAGUCACUACCGGACUGUGUGUUCAAAUUACCAAUUUCAUAUAUUAUGAAGCGUUUCAGUUUGCUUCAGUAUUAUUUAUUAAUUUAGCUUAUGGCUUUAGUACACAUAAAAGUAUACUACUAUUAUCACAGCUGUAGAUAUUAAAUAAAAAUAAGAACAAAAAUGGUAAAUGUCAAACACAAAUAUAAAAAAGGAUAAUUUAAAAAAUUGUAAAAAACAAACUUGUCACAAACAAACAUCUAGUCUCUUUACAUAAUCAAUUGCACCUGGUGUUGCCUUCAGGAAAUCUCCAAAAUCUCCCUCAUACGCCGUAAAGACGCAUUCUUCUCUAAUAUGUCGAACAGUCUAUCGUAGAGCUACACAAUUACAUACCGGAAUGGGGGCCUUUCCCCAUUUACAGAGACGAUCUAUGCAUCUGCCGUGUUCGGUUCUUCAGCCUGUUUAAAGUUACCUAUAUCUUGCGAGGCUGCUCAAAACCAGGAGGUACUGUUGAAAUACAUGUGAAACCCUGACUUUGUGGUGGAGCGUUUUCCAUCCACUCGUUCAUCCAUGGAUCAUGUAAGUAUUUUUUUUUGCUUCAGUAAGAUCGUAAAAAACAUACUGGAUAUAAAAGAAACAAGACAAAAUUAAAUAACAAGAUUUGCAAUAUAUCCAGUGUUAAAAGAAGUAAUACAAUUUUCCACACGAUCCUCACCUACCGGCAUACGACUGAAUAUUGUUUACGAGUAUACUGAUCGGAAACGUUACUUGUAUGCGAUACGUGCCGGAUAGAGUGAAUUACUUCCUAUUAAAACCACUAAAUAUUAUUUUUCGGAAUCAAAACAUUACGUUACGGAAACGAUACGUGUAGGAUCAUGUGCAGAGACCUUAAUGCAUGCGCAUUCUGGCAGUUUUGGUAAGAUCUUGCACUUGCAGAUGAUAGAUCUGGACCUAUAAUUUUUCAACUUGCGUGCAACUUUUGCUUAUUUUUCUAAAAACCGUUCGGUAAUCAAAGUUUCUUACACUUUUUCGUGUCUUAUAUUAUUUAGAAUCAUAACAAAUAUUAGAUAUUUCUGAUAUAAGUAGGUUUGUGUUCGGAAAUUGGUGAUGUUUCAGAAUUUUUCAAGAUGCAUCUCAAUUUAUUUAAUAAAGCCAUUGUAAUGGGUGAGAAAUCUAAUGCAAAUAGAAAAGAAUUUGAACUUUCAAGCAAAAAUAAGCGGUUUUCAGCUAAAUGUUCCAUAGAAUUCCAUUCCAUAUGUUACACCCGUGUCAAAUAAAAUUAAUGUUAAUUAUAAUGAUUCUAAUCCUUUGGUUCCUGUCAAGACAAUAGCUCCAAAUAAAAGAUUACACCUUUUACCAAAGUGGAAAAUAGAAAAGGAGGCUGGUAAAAGAGUAGAAAAAGCUAAAGCAAAGCCUAAUUUGAAGAGUUAUCUAUAUCUCCUAAAGCAUAUCCGCAGAUGUCUCAAGAGCUCUAAUAAAUGAAUAAAGGACUCUAUUGUCGCUCUAUCGAAAAAUGAACAUCAUCAGUUUGCACCUCCUAAUCAUAAAUUUAAACCUCCAGCUGAAAUAAAGCCACUUGAUCAAUUUGUUAUAAAUGGGAAACAUAUGUAGAGUGUCCUGAGGUAUCUAAAAAAUAUCGAUCUUCCAUAGAGGUCACUAUUGGCCAAUCAAAAUUAUUAAUUCCAAAGAAGUUUUAAUAACGAAAGUUUUAACAAAACAUAGGUUUAAUUGAUCAGUGUUGAUCACCAAUUGUUGAUGAAAAAUCAAUUACCUGUUCAGAUUUACAUGAUUUUUGGGAUAUGAGGGUGUCCCAGGCUAAGCGUGCAUUAGUUUCACAACGAGAUCUAUCGAUUAAAAAUAUUCUCAAUAUGGCGGCACUUCGGGAAAUACCGGAA